UGACACAUGAGAGCCAGGUCACAUGUUAACAGCACAGGAACCAUGGAAGCUUGACCUGACUCAUGUCUCAGGGCAACUACCUAAAGUAGCCCAUCAAAAGCAGGUUAUAAAGUAGCGUUGCAAAGCGAUAGCCAACAAAGAUCAUGCUGUCAGCGACACCAGAGCAUCCUGAGACUGAAAAGAAACUUGAAGAAGAAGAAACAGUUAAAAGAAAGCCCCACGUACAAAACGUGAGAUGCUUCCAGGUGUUUCGGCUGAAGAUUUUUCCGAAUGUUCUGCAGCAGUGGAUCAACUGCAUGCUUGGGAGAAUAGCAGGAGGCCUUAAUCAAUAUUUACCAAUGGCCAGUACCUGCAUCCACCAUGGGAAAGAUCCGCACCAGAUUCUAGUACAUGAUCCCAGCUCAGCGACCUAGAAGAAGAUGAACAGUGCCCCCCACCUUCCUCCCCCGCCAUCUCAGUCCUUGGUAUGGAGGAAACCUCAGCUGUAGAUCCAUCCAGCAACAGUCACCAUGGUAUCCUAAUCCCAGGGGAGGCCAUGUUGCCUAGUGGCUGGCACAAUGGACUGGGACGCAGGAGAGGCCGGUUGCUGUGCUGUGCCCAGGACCGUGAUGAUUUCUGGGGGCCUGCAUGUAUCAAGAAGGUACGUGGCAAGCCCACGAGAUCCACCUGAAGCACAGAAGAGAGCGUGCAGAGGAGCAGAGAGUAUGACUGACCCAGGCGAGCCCCCGUCGCUGGCCCCCUGAGCCGACACCAUGAUCUCCACGAAAGAGAAGUCCAAAGCCCCCAAGGAUAGCAUGACGCUCCUUCCGUGCUUCUACUUUGUGGAGCUCCCGAUCGUGGCUUCCUCCAUCGUGACGCUGUAUUUCCUGGAGCUGACCGACCUCUUCAAGCCAGCCAAGGUGGGUUUCCAGUGCUAUGACCGGGCCCUGUCCAUGCCUUAUGUGGAGACCAACGAGGAGAUGAUUCCUCUGCUGAUGCUUCUCAGCCUGGCCUUCGCUGCUCCCGCUGCCUCGAUCAUGGUUGGGGAAGGCAUCAUCUACUGCCUGCAGUCCAAGCUGAAGGGACGCAGCGGUUCGGAGGGGAGCAUCAACGCCGGCGGUUGCAACUUCAACUCCUUCCUGCGCAGGACUGUAAGGUUUGUGGGGGUCCACGUGUUUGGACUCUGUGCCACCGCCCUGGUGACCGACGUGAUCCAGCUGGCUACUGGCUACCACGCUCCCUUUUUCCUGACGGUCUGCAAGCCCAACUACACCCUGCUGGGGAUCUCCUGUGACUCCAAUCCUUACAUCACUCAGGACAUCUGCUCAGGCCAGGACCAGAAUGCGAUUCUCUCUGCCAGGAAGACCUUCCCAUCCCAGCAUGCAACACUCUCAGCUUUCGCCGCUGUCUACGUGUCGAUGUAUUUCAACUCCAUCAUCUCAGACAGCACCAAGCUCCUGAAACCCAUCCUGGUCUUUGCCUUCGCCAUCGCCGCCGGCGUCUGCGGCCUGACCCAGAUCACCCAGUACCGCAGCCACCCUAUUGACGUCUACGUGGGCUUCCUCAUCGGCUCUGGGAUCGCGGCCUACCUGGCAUACCACGCGGUGGGCAACUUCCAAGCACCAAGCGAGAGGGCCCCGGCCAAUCCCCCGGCCAAGGACGCCCUGCGGGCCCUGACCCAGCGGGGCCAUGACUCGGUGUACCACCAGAAUAAGUCCGUCAGCACAGAUGAGCUCAACCCCCAGACCCGGCUAGACGGGGUGAACCGCCAGGUCCAGCGGGAGAAGAACUCCCUGGGCAGCCUGAAACGGGCCAGUGUGGACGUGGACCUGCUGGCCCCCCGCAGCCCCAUGGGCAAAGAGAACAUGGUCACCUUCAGCAACACCCUGCCCCGAGUCAACACCCCCUCCAUGGACGACCCCGCCCGGCGCCACAUGACCAUCCACGUCCCCGUGGAUGCCUCCCGCUCCAAGCAGCUCAUCACCGAGUGGAAGCAGAAAUCCCUGGAGGGCCGGAGCAUGACGCUGGCCGAGGAGGCCAGUGGGCACGCGAGGGCUGGCUCAGACUCGGUGGGCGCGGAUGAAGAGGAGCACGUCCCCCCCUCACUCUACCCGACGGUGCAGGCCCGCACGGCCGAGCGGGCCGCCAUGGGGCCCCGGGUUCUCAUCCAGCCCCGGCCGGGGGCAUCCCAGCUGGUUCACAUCCCUGAAGAGAGCCAAGGCACCGCCAACAUCUCCCCCAACAGCAGCUCGGCCGUGCGGGCCAAGUGGAUGAUGAUGGCGGAGAAGGGGGUGGGCCAGCGAGUGGCCAACCCGCCUCGGCUCAUGCAGGUCAUCGCCAUGUCCAAGCAGCAGGGCCUGGUGUCGGUCACCCCCAAGCACUCGGAGACCUCCUCCUCCUCCACCAGCUCCGAUUCCUCCCAGUACCGCUCGCCGUCAGAGCGGGACAGCUCCAGCAUCGUCACCAUCGACGCCCACGCCCCGCACCACCCCGUGGUGCACCUGUCCUCCGGCAACGGGCCCUGGGAGUGGAAGAUGGCCCAGAAAGGCUCGGACGGGCAGGACACCUACGAGCUGAACGAGAUGAGCAAGGAUUACCGGGGCUUCCGGCCCACCAGGAGCGCCGGCGUCUCCCCGGGCUCCUCCAUUAGUGACAUCGAGCAGGACGAGCCGCGUUACGGCAGCGUGGCCACCAUCAACGUGGCGCCGGGAGGGGGCGGGGCGGCGGAGAGAGGUGAGGGCGGCCUGGAGAACGUGCUAGGCCCCACCAGCCGAGAGUCCACCCUGCGGAGGAAGCCUGCCAGCCUGACAGUCAGUGAGAAGGACGGACACACGGACCACGAGGCGGAAAACUACUACAAGAAAAUCCAAGCCAACCGGAGAUUUAAGGAGUAAUUCCCUCCCCCGCCCCCCCCAGCUUUCACCCCACCUGCCCCGACCCAGGGCAGCUGUCCAGAGUGGGGAACCUGCCUCCGUGGGUUUCUCCGCUGCUGAACGACACAAUCAGCACGAUCCGUGUGCUGCUGCUUUGGGACGAGGCCAGGACCGGGGUGGUGUGAGCAUCCAUCUUUGGUGGGGGGCGGUCUCCAGGGAUUUAGUUACAGCAGCCUCAAAGCGGAGCAGCAUGUGGAGAAGAUGUUGCAAGUGCCGGAUAGGAGGGGUGGACUAGAAGACGCAGGGACCACAGAGUUCUUCUCCGGGGCGUUAAAACAACGAGCCCUCCGCGGGACUCCCAAUGUCCAACCAGGGGAGGAAUUUUCCGUGUUUAUUUAUUUGUUAACCAGGUGCUGAUGGGUCCCGGGAGGGUUGGAGUUUCAACUGUUGCGAUGGUGGGGUGGGAGAGAAUGACUUUGAAAAGGCGGAUUCCAGGAGUCCUGGGCUACCAAUUGAGGCAACUGUCUCCAGCCUUACAUGUCGAUUUAUUUGCCUCGCUCGCUGGGAGCUGGCAGCCAAUUGAUCCAGUCGCCAGCGGCUACCUGGACAGCGUCCUGUGUCAUGUCCUCCUCCAUCUGUUUUAUUUGCAGGGGGGCCCGUCCGGCCAGCGACUGAAUUCCGAACACUGUCGGACUCUGGAAAUAGCUCCCUGGCUGACGCGUGGGGCGUGUGCGGUGGGAAGGGGCAUUAGCUGGGGCUCAAAGGCUUUUCACUGGCUGCCUGGAGAUUUUUCAGGAGCCCCUUGUUCAGGUGUCAGUGCUGGCCUGGCCACUCCUUGCCCUCUGUGCUGAGUCUCACACGGGCGCCUAGGGACAAUUGAAGCUCACCCCAUGUACUCCCUAUGGGUGGUCAGAAGAGGCUGACGGACAAAGCUUUCCGGGGGUGGGGGGGCACUUGCCUUAGCCGCCCAUCAGCUGAGGACACAUUGAUAAAUAACCCUCUGUGCUUUGUUGUGGCUUCCAGGCUGUUCAGUCCUGCUGCCGCUUUACCACCCCCUCCUGGCACAACGUGGUACAGGGCACGGGCAUCCCAGGCGGGAUGAAGGCUUUGGAAGAGCGCCCAGGCUUGGGAGGGGGGAAACCCGAUAGCACCAAUUUAAUUUUCUCUCUCGUCUCGCCAUCCCUAUAGCGAGACAGUGACCGGGGGAGGGAAGGGAGCUUUCGCACCAGCCUUGUGAUCUGAGCUGGUGGGAUUUUUAUUUAUUUAUUUUUUAAAUAGCGCGGGAAAGUUUGAGGACGUCUUUGUGAUGCUUUUGUCGUUGUCGUUCGCCCCCCAUGAAAAGUGACCCCCAGUUCCCCUGGUUCCCCUGCCCCAUCCACAGCCAAGCUGGCGGCCCCUUACUUGCCGGGGGUCUGAGCACCAGCCUAGCGACAUCUGACUUAGUGGGCUUUGCAGCAUGGCCCCUAUGUGGCCCACGGCGAUGGGAUGGGGGACAGCGGAGGUACAGGAAAUGGAUGUCUGCCCCCCUGCUCUAGCAGGCAGCUGUGUGAGACCCCAUGGCCUUUGCUUAGCCUUCGGGCAUCUGUCUCUGUAGCCACAGCAGCUCGCUGGUCAGGAGCAGUGGGAGGGGGAGGGCUGUGAGCUGAAAGGCAGGUGGGUGAAUGGGAGGCAUG